CCGCUGGAGUGUCUACUUUUAUUCGUACCGGAGUACACCGGUGUUUCUACAGAGACGGAGACAACCAGUGAUAUAAGCACACAGGGUGUUAAUAACAACAGCAGCGUCAUACGUGUUGUGUUACUAGUUAUAUUGAAUAUUUAAAUGUAUUGUUGAUGAAAAACAGGCCGAUCGACACUGACCCCGCCCCCCCGUCCUUUAUGUCGCCCUAACAACAUCCAACCGGAACAACCCGGUGUAUGUAACGAGUGCAUAGUCCUGGGAAAAUUCAGUAUUUUUACCACCACGUGUUUUUCUUAUCUUACAUUUAACUGCACUUAUUAAAUUAGCAUCAUAUGUGCAUAGAUAUAUUCCACGUCUAAGAAAGCAUCACUUUAUGUCUUCAUACGCGUCUGACCUUGCCUGUGCACAGAUAGCUAAAGCUAGCUCAAUGCUAACUUGUUUUGAUUGCUAGCUGGCUAAGCUAACUGUGUUUUUCUCUGCUCUCCCUGUUUUGUUUUGUUUUGUUUUUUUCCCCUCUUUCACGAUGGAAGAUGAAGCUUUCACUGACAUUAAUGGCAAAACCAUAUCUCUGGACUGUCAGAGUCACUCCAGCCUGUGCAGGGAGUUCACUGUCAGUGUCCCCAAAGUGUCCAUUGGUAAGGUGUUGGUGUACACCUGCUGUGUUUGGCUGUCAGCAUAUGCAGUGUUCUUCUUCACAGAGAACACAGCUGUUCUGUCCAGUGCCAUAUUCAUCACCCUGGUUGGCAUGAUGCUCCACAUCCACUUCGUGAAGGUUGACCACGAGUCCCUGCUCCUCAUCCACUCUAUGGGCAUUCAGCUGUCCUCCAGCUACGCCUCAGGCCGGGAGACCACCACAUUCAUUGAGAUGAGCAAGAUCAAGGAUAUUGUCAUCAAUGAGGCUAUUUACAUGCAUCAAAUCAUCUACUACCUUUGUGUGCUGUUGAAGGACCCUUCACAACCUGACGCCGUGUUAAGUGUUGUGCCAUUGUUUCAGAGUUCAAAGCCAAGGCUGAACUGCUUGGUGAAAGUUUACAAAAGCUGUCAGGAGAUUCUUUCAAAGUGCUGAUGACACACAAGUCAUACCUUAGCAAUGUUUCUGGCAAUGCAGUAUGCUUUUUAUUAUUAUUUGUUGAAUUAAUUUAAUUUUAGUGGAUGGAAGUAGAAGGCAGGUAGUUUUUCUUCAUUUGAUCUACAGUGUAUUUUUCACAAUUUCCCUCCCUUUCUUACCUGUAUGAAUGUGAAUGUAAUCGGUUGAAUACAAAAUCAAGCGCAGCCUUGUUUUUAAACAUCAAUAUUAGUUUAAUAAUAACUUUAUGUUGUACUUUGUUGUGUAGUUACUUGAAUAAUGUGUGCAAAUAGCACUGGUGUUAGACUACUUAAACCUAGAGAGCCAAACUUUCAACUUAAGAUUUUAAUUGACUAAUUAUGCAAACGUCUGUAUUUUACAAUCAUUCCCAUACUGUAUUUUUGAUAAAAAAUAAAC